GAAAAAAUUGCUGUACUACUUCUUGCACGUUGUACGCAAGCACACAUUUGAUCUCCACUAAACAUCGUUUGACUCCCCGGAUUCUUAUUUACUUGAACGCACGGAGGCGCCGAGGCACUACCUACGUCCCAGCCGACUAAAACACGGUUUGGGGGAUUUUCGUGCGGGAAUAAACGCCUCUAGGCCUAUUUUAGCUAAGGUCGCUAGCCGCUAGCUAACAAAGAGGCGAGAGGCGCCCCAAGUCGCAGAGAGCAAGAGCGAGUGGUAAGGGCGACGAUUCCCGUGGGCCAAUGUGUGCGAAAAUUGUGAAAGACGAAGAGUACGAGGAGGACGUUGGUGGACCAACCAAGGAGAGCGAGCGUCAACUCCUGGACCCCGAUGUCGAGCAGCCUCCACUUUCGCUCCGUGACGCAGACGUCAGUGAAGAUCUUGUUGGCUCGCAGCGGCUGGAGUCUCCCCGCAUCAAAACGGAAGAGGCGCCGCAGCCUGCGUGUGUUAAAGAAGAGAUGCCGGAUCCCGCUCGCAUCAAAGUGGAGGAAGAGCCCGAGGCACCGCGCAAAGAAGACGAGCGGGAGGACCGAAUCUCAAAGUCUCCGUUGACUGGCAUCAUUGUGAAGAGCAAAGGAGCCCACUGCGGAGAAACCCCAUCGGACGGCCUCCUGGCGCCGCUUUCAGAUGGCGAUGACGUCACGUCACACUCUUCCGACUAUGGUGACGAGGAUGAUGAACAACACUCUAAAGAGGAUCCGACGUUUGGCACUGGCAACAAGUGUGUUAAAUGUUCUCACUUUGACAGAAAGUCCUUGUUGAAAGCACACACGGGAGAAAACCCAUACGCCUGCUCCGUUUGUGGGAAAAUAUUCUCGAGACAAACGCAUCUGACAAAUCACACACGAACACACACUGGCGAUAAACCGUUUGUCUGCCCGGUUUGUGCUCAACGGUUCACCACGAAGGCCAAUUUAAAAAGGCACGCCAGAAUGCACGACGGAGAGAAACCUUUUACUUGCUCGCUUUGUGGCAAAAGCUUCACGCAGAAGGGAGACUUGCGAAUACACAUGAGAACACACACCGGCGAGAAACCGUUUGUCUGCCCGGUUUGCGGUACAAGGUUCACCAUGAAUAAGAACCGAACAAGACACAUGAGAACGCACACGGAUGAGAAACCUUUUGCUUGCUCGGUUUGUGGCAAAGCCUUUAACAGGAAGAACAAUUUGAAGACUCACGCGAGAAUACAUGUUGGCGAGAAACCAUUCACUUGCAGCGUGUGUGCCAAGCGAUUCUUUCGGAAGGAUCAGCUGAAGAAACACAAAUGUGCUGCUCAGAACGGCAGAAGACCGUCGAGCGGCAAAAUAAACUCUGCCACCGAGAAACGCGGCGACCAUCGCGUGGAAAUGUGCACGAGACGCGUGAAAGAGGAGGAGCCCGAGGAGGACCUUUGGGGGACCAAAGAAGAGAAGGAGCCACAAAGCCAAGCACUUUGCGAGGUGGAGCCUCGAGUUCCGUCAGACCCAGCAGUCGCCAAUGACUCUCUUGGCCCUGAGUGGCAGGAGCCAGAAAAGGUUCAGAUCAAAGACGAAGUGGAGCCAGAGGCACCGGAGCCUCUCUGUGUUAAAGAGGAAGAGCGGGAGGAUGAGCUCAGCUUUCCACUGGCUUGUGUCACCGUGAAGAUCGAAGAAGGGGACGGGGACCACUGCGGAGGAUCCCACUCCGAAGGCCUCUCGGCGCCACCGUCAGAGAGUGAAAACAUCACGUCGCACUCUUCGGACUAUGACGACGACGACGGUGAUGACGAACACGCCACAGGUGACAAGACGUGCCCGACUGACGCCAAACGAGUCAAGUGUUCUUACUGUGACAAAACGUUUUGCAGAAAGUCCGUGUUGAAAGUACACACGAGGAAACACACCGGAGAGAGACCCUUUGUCUGCUCGGUUUGUGGCAAGGGCUUCAUUCAGAAGGGCGCUUUAAGAGCCCACGUCAGAACGCACACUGGAGAAAAACCUUUUGCC